UACUGUCCUCAAUGUCCUCAAUCAAGAAAUUUCAACAGUCAUGCAUGCUGGCUGGAGAAUAUGACAAAAGAAGGAACACUUUGACUCAGUAUUUAUUCCCAGUCAAACCAGGAUGCUUCUAUCUCAACCAAUCAUAAUACAUAUUCAAAAUGUAUCCAUUUAAGGUAUUUAUGCCCCUUAGAUGUAUUUAUAAGCAAAUAUUCUUCUUACAAGCUAGCAUGUACGGUCUCUAAAAAAUGUAAUGAUCAUUUUUUGUUUAAAAACUUUUAUGUUCAAUGUUUUCUUUACAAAAAAAAUUAUCUACAAGUUGGAAAUUACAGGUGGAAAACAGUGACAUAUGACGCAAAACAUUACUCAGAGUCAAUGAUAUAAACUCAAUUUCUCCUCACAUCUUAAAUAAGAAAAGAGAUUUUGUUGCCAUCUACAUACAUUUUUCAUUUAAUCUGGUAACAAUAACAUUAAGUCAGAAUAUCUGAGUUAGCAUUAUAGUUUCUCCUCCCCAAGUCAUCCAACUCCACCCCUUUCAGAUGGCCAUAAAAACAGCAGCGUGCAUUCAUUUCACCAUUCUACCAUUCAACAAGAUCUUAACCUAAGACUUGACAAAACUCUUCUGACCUUACAACAAGGAACAAAGAAGUCAUGGAUCCUGAAAUCUCAAAAUGUACUCAAAGCCUUACCACUGCUGAGGACAUGAGGAACCAAACCAAACUUCUGAUGCAUUCUAAUGCUAACUGGGAAGAGUAUCUGUCUCCAGCACCUCUCUCCAUAGCCAUCCUGGGAGAGCUGGUUUUCAUAUCAUCUGUAACAGAUUUCUCUAUCAAUGAAAAUCCCCCUAAAGAUGGCUAUAAGUUCAUCAAAUACCCUGAUUCCUUUCGCGCUUGUCUCAUGCAAGUGUGUAACUCUGGUUGGUGGGCAUUUAAUGAGGCCCAUACGAGCAUGGAUCAGAUUCGUCUCCAUACUGCCCAGGUUCCAAAUUACAUGAAGACUGCUGUGAAGAUUCUGUUCCAAGGUAAUGAUAUGGUUGUAAAUGCUCAUCUUCCGAAUCAGCUGAAAAAUAUCCAAGACAUUGCAAAUGAAUGUCUGAAACUCUCGGAUGCAACUGAAAAGCGUUUUUUGAAUGUCAUUUGUAUAAUACAAGAGCUGCUAGAGGCGUGUAAGAAUGCACAUCGCUUUUAUGGGAAAGAAUUGGAAGAGGUGAACAAGAUAAUAGAAGAGAACAAUCUAAAGAAGCAGUCAGCUGAAGAGACCAAGAAAAGGACUGAGCAGUUAAUGAAUGCCAUGAAGAAGAAAAUGGAAGAAGCUAAUGAUAGCUACAAGCAAGCUCUGGAUUCUCUCCCUAAUGGAUGGGAAAUGAUUGGUAUGGAUUUUGUAGGUGGGUUAGCACAGGCCAUUACUGGUGUCAUUGCUGGAACGGCAUCUGCUAUUACUAAACCAGUGAAUGAUGCAGGAAAUGUGCUAGAUGAAAUACGAUUGUACAGUAAGUCGGCUGAAAUUUUAAAUUGUGCCCAGAAAAUUCAGGAAGAAAUGGAUGUGAAUAGUAAGGAUAAUAACACUGAUGACAAUGAAAAAAAUUCGAAGAUGGAAUUCAUAGGAAAACAGUUCAAAAGAAUCAGCAAAACAUUAAAGGAAAUCCCUGACUGCCCAGCAAAGCAACAAGCUCUGGAGUUAUGCCAAGAUGGCAUAGAAAUAUGCAACCAGCUCACAAAAUAUGCACCAGAUGGCAUACAUGUCAAAGCCAAAAACACUGAGAUGAUAGAAAAAGUUUUGGAUCUGAUCGAAUCGGCCCGUGUUUUUGAUUGCAAAAGCAAAGACAAAACUAAUUCUCCAGCCAUUGCUCCAACACCGCCAAUGAUGCAUAGAGAAGAAAAUAAGGCAAAUAACGCAAGUCCUUCUCAGAGGGCCACAGAAACUGCACGAUUCAAAAUAGAGCAGACCCGAGCUCAACUGAACAAGGCAAGAGAAUCUUUUGAGAAGUGUGUGGAGAACCUAGAGAACAAAGAGAAGGAACUAACUGAAAUCCUGGUAGUUCUGAGAAAUUGCAACCUGAAAGAGAUUGACUUCAAAACUACCAUACAGAUGCUGAUCAAAGGAAUGGAUGCCAUGGGGAGAGUGAAGGAGCAAUGGCAGAAGAUGGUUCGCUUCUUUCAGAUGGUUUCCAACAUUGUAAAAACCAGCCUGAGCACGACUCUCAAAAACUUUGUCUCCACAUCAGAGAACACAAAACGUCUCCGCUACAAUGAAAAGCUCUUUUCAAAAGAUCUGCUGUACAUUUAAGCCUUCCAAGCCUGUAACAUUGCUAGUCUGGUCCACAUGAUCUCUGCAACAUACACAGAUAUUUCCAGCAAGUACCUGAUGGAUCGUGUCAGUUCACUGGGAAAACUAAUGGCCAUGGAUAAAACUAAACCAGAAUUUGAGAGUGAGCGACUACUGCUUCAGAAAGGCUGUGAUGAGGCAAAGGACAGCAUCUUAAACCUUGUGAAGAAGAAUAAAGCUGAGUAUGACAGCAUGAGCAAAGCAAGACUUGAAAAGAUUGAUCGAGAAUUGCUUGCCAUUCUUCCUGCUGCUUCACCAAAAGAAAUCAAGAAAAUUGAAAACAUUGUUGAAUCUGCAUUCCUUAUGGAAGACAGCAUAGCAGGAUACGUCUGAGGAAUGCACUGAAGGAAUGUGUAUUUUCUAGUUUUACAUUG